GCUGAGGCGAAUGAAUGUGUACAUGCCAACCAAUUUCUGCUGUCCAGGCUCGUUGUUCGUUUUUAAAGAGAAAAGACGUCAAGUGGAGAAACGCAACCACAAAACCAGCAGCUCCCCCUUAAACAGUCUGCCUCUACUCUAGCUCACAAAUGAAGACAAAUGUUCUCAAAACAACCUCAUGCAUGAAGGAUUUUUUGUUUUUUAGAACAGGCAUGGAAAAUGAUGGAUCUGGAGAAAACACAGAUGAGCUGCUCUCUGCAGAUGUGGAUGAUGAUGUUGAUGUCUACGGUCUCAUACCUCUGUCUCAUGAUUGCUGUGAUGUGCUUCUGGACACCAUUGACAGUCAGCUGAGUCACCUACAGAUCCACAAGCAAGUGCAUGAAGAAAGAUAUGAGUGUCCUAUUUUGAGCUGUCUAGACGGGAAUCAGUCUGUAAGUAAAGACACAGGCUUGGGGAGCAGCACUUUUCCAACUAAUGAAAAAACACCAUCCACUCCUGACUGGACUCGCUCAGAAGUCAGUGAUGAACAUGUAGACCACCAGUCAAUGAGGAAAACUGGAGCCACAGUUACAGAAGUGUGGUUACAGAAUCCUGAAGGAGAUCCAUCCAGCUUGAGCUCAAUGUCCAGGGUAGAGCAGUGUCGUUGGAGGCUCGAGAAGCUUCUUGGAAGAAAUACAGAGGUGGCAGGAAUAGGAAAUGAGGAGGACGACUUCACGAUGAACAGCGUCUGUACUGAGGACUUCUCAACACGCUUUAGAGAUGAAAUGCUAGUCCUGCCAACCUCAGCUCCAGAUGCUCUCACCAGUGUGGAGCAAUCGGGGAAACUACAGCAUCAGUCCAGAACACCAGUGAGACACCUGGCAGGAAUUCCCAUGCAGAGUUUUGAUUCAGUCACUAUCGACACUGAUCUGGACACCGUGUGCUCAGAACAGGUUCGACAGCACCUGAAGUCUGCACUCGGCAACAGGACAGCUUUUCGUCUUAGCCGAGAAAAUGAAUACUGUACAGGACAAACCAUCCAAAACAAUGGUCAACCCUUCAGCUCUGAUGAUGAGAGAACUGUUGAGGAGACGAGCAGUGAAGGUGCCAAAUCAAAGCUUUUCUACAGAAGGAGACAUUCAUCUGGCAGAAAGGGGAAGAGAAAUUUAUACAAGAGUCGAAGGAACGAGCCCCACAUUGGCACAGAAAAAACAUUGGACAAGAGCAGAAAUGAUGGCAAUCCGCUAAGAGAGCUGAGGAUUUCAAUUGCUGAGCUUCAACAGCAAAAAACAGGUAUGCUUCAUACUCUGCAGAAGCUGAGAGAGGAAGUGGAUCAAUCUAAAAGAGAGCAUCUCUCUGUACAGCUCAGUGUGAAGGACAGCAGAGCACAGGUCCAGAACAUCAUGAGUGAGCUACACAGACUGCAGGCCCAGAGGGACUUAUGUUUGGAGGAGGUCAGGGUUCUGCAAGGGCAAAAGUGUGUAAGCCGCAGCGUGUCUGUUCUGGAGAGGGAAGAGAUGGACAGACUGCUGGAAAAUGCCAAAUCUGAGUUGUUCUCAGAACAAAGGCGUUUCAGGAACACACUCGACUCUAUGCAGGAGAGGCUGGAUGAGGUGAAUCAGGAGCUGGAGCAGAGAGAGGAGGACAGCAGGAGCCUCCAGGAGAAAUACAGUGAGCUCGAGAAGCAGCUGCUUCAUGCCAUCAGAGAAAAAGAACAGAUAAAACUGGCCUCACAGAAGCAUCUAGAUCAUCAAAUAAAGCGUUUUGGGGCACUGGAGAGAAUUGUUGCCCAAAAGGAAUUGCUUUUGCAAGGGACGCAAGAAGCGAAGGAAGGCCUUCUUCUGGAGCUCUGUUCACUGAGAGAGGCACACAGCUUAAACCUGAGAGAAAUGCAGAACAGAUCUAAAAAAGACAUGGAGCAAGAGAUUGAGAAACUGACAUUGCAGUUAACCAAAAGCCAUAAAGAGGAGCUUCAGAAUGUGUGUAAGCAGGCGGAUGAUUUGAGGUCAGCUUCUCUCAGUGACCAAGCUCAGAUUCACAAACAAAGCCUGGACUCCUUACACAACUGCAUCAAGAUGAAAGAUGAGGAGGUGAAGCAACUAAAAGAGGCUCUAAAGCAGAGCGAAGAGAAGAUGAGAAGGCAACAAGAGGAAUUCAGAAGAGAGACUGAGGAAAAGAUUGUAAAGGCUGCGAGUCGAGAGCAAAGGAAGUGUGAGGAACAGAGAGAGAAGGCUCUCCAAGAGCAGCGUCACACUCUGGAGCAGAAAACAGAGGAUGCAGUUAGGAAAUGGAGAACAGAAUUGGACAAAGAGAGAAGAAACACUCUGGCAUUACAAAGUAAACUGACUGAACUUCAGAAGGAGGCAGAGAAGGAGGCUGUGUGUCUUAAGCAAACUUUGCUGAGCUCUGAAAAGGAGCUUCAGGAGCUCAGGACAGCACUCAGAGAGAGAGAGCAAAAACAGCAGAGGAGAACUGCCAGACAUGAGCAGCAGAGCAGACGCUGGGCUCAAGACAUACACGCUGAGUGUGUUCACUUGCAGGAGCUGCUGAAACACCACGGCCUGAUUGUGGAAACUGAAGGCUCACACUCAUCAGACAGUUCUACAGUGAGUUCAGCUCUUCAGAUGCUGCAGUCCCUCACAAAGUCCCUACAGCAGUAUAUCAAUGAUCUAAAAACUGAGCUCAGUACACAGAGACGCGCUGCACUGCAGAUGAGCCGAGAAAAGGAGCAAGAGCUGCGUGUACAGAAAGAGCAGCUGAUGGAGGAAAAGGAAAGAGCGCUGGCUGCUCUGAAAGAGAAGCUCAUACAGGCGCAUGUUGAGGAGAUGAGCAGUCUAUCUCGUGGUCAGCUGCUCAUGAAGAAUGAUGAAGAUGUGGAUGGACAGUGUGUUCAUCUGCGCAGACAGCUGAAAGCUAAAGAUGAGGAGCUCAGACAGGUGCACAACAGCAUGGCUCAGUGGAAAGACAAAACCACCGCCAGAAUCGCACACAAGUUUGAACUGGAGCUCAAUGCAGAACUGGAGAGGAGGCUCCCGACGUCCAAAGCAGAGCAGCAGAAGAGAUUGGAGAGACUGGAGAAUGAGAUGAGACAUCUGACUGCUCAAUGCCGAGACCACAACAUAUCCCAGUUGACCUCAGCCGCUGUUCAGGGUGUCCCAGACAUACAAAACUCCAGAGUCACUGAAGACCUGAGCUCUUAUAAACUGCUGCGACACCUCCAGAGUCGCAUUCAGCUCCUCCAGGCAGAGAGUCAGAGCCGCUGCUCCAGUCCAAUGAAGCGGGACAGGGAGAACACUGACCUGGGCGGAUCUUACUUAGACAUGAUUGCUUCAUCCCAGGAAACCAAAAAAACAGAAGAUUACCUACCAGCAAAGAGCAUCUCCUGCUAACAUUUACUUUCAACUCUCUUUUCCUACAAUUUGUUCACCAGGUUGUUCGUUUUUUUUAUAAGGAAAACAGAAAAUUGCUUCUCCUCCAUGGAGCUCAGGUGGAAUGUUCAAGUUCUGAAUGGGCAGAAUUGACCACUUCACUGUAGGCUCAUGUUUCAUUUAGGCCUGCUUUAAUCAAAGAAUGAACUGUAAUAGCAAUUGGCUUUUAAAAUGGACUUUAGUUGUGUUUGUGUUUAGGGCUAGGCAGUUAAUCAAAAUCAAUGGCAAAGCUGCAUUUGUCAUGCACAUCUUGUCAUUGAAGCAUGGUAUUGUCCAAAGCCAGAGGGUGCUCUCACAUGGAAACAACAAACAGCCAUGAAAGAGAAAAACAGGAAAUCCCAAUUUAACUGCUUUCAUUGAUUCAGCAUGACUAAUAAUCACAUGGCUAUGUAAUCAUAAUUUAUUUACUACUACAAAAGCUCUUUUAUGCCCUUCACUCGCUAACUUCCUUUAGUCUCGCUGACUCAGAUGAACGUCAUUGAUUACUUUACACUAGUGUCCACUAUAGGCGGAACAUCUGAAUGGGUUUAAACGCACUGUCCUAAACCUUCCAGCACUUAAAAUCUAAGAUGAAAACCACAGUGAAAGCUGAUGUUGCGAUGUCACAAACGCAUUGCAUUGUGAAACAUACACUACCUGACAUAAGUCUUGUCGCUUAUCCAAGUUUUAGGAACAACAAAUAAUAACUUGACUUCUAGUUGAUCAUUUCAUAUUUGAUUAGG